CUUUCACUGUUUUGGUAAAUAUUUUAAUGUACCUGAUUUCAAAGCAAAUAAAUCCUCUUCGUCACAAGAUGCAGUCCUCCUCCUGGCCAUUUUCACAUUUAUUAAUGUAUUUUGUGGCUCAGAAAUCCACCCAGGUCCCAGAACAGCAUUAAACUUCUAAACCCUGAUACUGAGAUGGACAAAUCCCUGCAAGUCUUGUUCCUGUCUGUGGGGAUUGGGCUUUAAAUCUCCCCAAAUCAAUACCUUAAGCAGCUCAGAUCUCUGCAAUUACGUUGAUGGGAACAUUAAAAUCUGUGUCAAAGGGUGACGCUGCAAUCCUGCACAUUUAAACUGAUGGGUUUUUUGGAUGCGGUGGGUUUUUUUAAUAGAUUAUAAAGCAAGCAAUAUAAGAAACAGGUUUUACAACUUGUUUUAAAUAUAAGUAAGCUUACUUCUCCUUUCACCCAUGUCUUCCUUCAGGCUUUUUUAUUGCUUUCUGAUAAAAUUGGCAAAAAUAGGCAUUGUAUAUGUUUUUCCCUUCUUCUAGUCUCAGGUGUGAAUGUCUGAGCGCAUGCUUUUUCAAAUCUCCUGUUUCUUUUGUAUGUUUGAGUGCUAAAGACAGAGCUGUCUUACUUCAAACCCAAUUGACGGUUUUGCCUGACCUCCAGAUUUUAUUUGUGGCACUAACGGGGCACCUUCGUACCAGCCGUAGAGGCUGUUGGAAAGAGAGGCCAGAGUGGGCCUUUGAACUUUGGCAACUGAACUCAGAGCUAUGGAGUUCGGAGGAAGUUUGGGACAAAUUAGUGGGGCAAAGGGUGAAAAAAAAUUCACGUUUAACCGCUGCCCAUUCUGCACAGUGUCCUCUGCAUGAGACCUUGUUCUGUCGGUCCUGUACCUGCCAUUACUGCCAUGUCCAUACACAAUAAACCCAAACAUACGUGUUGUGCUUUAGUCCUCCUACCUGUAGUUCAGCAAGACUGAACCGGGUUAGUAUUUGGAUAGGAGACCUUCCCGGAGAGUUUACUUGCUUUAGGAAAUAGUGUUUAUUUAACAGAGUAAUAUUUUUCCAAUACUGAAGCCAGUCUUGAGUCCUCCGCUUCUGGGGAUGACGAGCUGUAGAAAUUCCAGCUUCGAAUGGGGUUAUAAAAGCAAGUCCUUGAGCCUUGUUGGUCUUGAUGGAGCUUUUGGCAGUUUGCUGCAGAGUAGGAGAGUAUCCUGGCCAAAUUCCAACCUGGGUGAUUACAUUCAGCUGACUGAAAACGAGCAGCGGCGGCGACUGCUGCGUUUCACUGUUGGGCAAAGUGGGUUCCGCACACGGGCUUAACUUUUUUAAAGUGACUCGGGGUAAAGCAGAAUGAAAAGGACUUAGAGAAAUGUCCCUUUAACCCUCGUAGCUUAUUCUUGAAGGCCUUAACGGGGCUUGUCAGUCUGCUUUCACAUUCCUCUAAAUGCCAGCGAUCCAGCUACUGGGGGCAUUGCUUGGAAUGGCUGUGCCACGUCACAGGAUGGUCUUCAGAACAGUGGUGGCUUUUUAGAAUGCACAUAACACAUUCCCCCACAUCAAGCAAGGAAACAAACAGAAUGGGAGAAAAAAAAAAAAACAAAAAAACAAUAAAAGAACAUUCAAAGUUUUCUUUGUUGGAAAUGAAAAAAUACUGUGACAUUGCUGUUCAGGCUGAUCCGUGGUUGGUGUUUUGUUUUCAAAAAGGCUGAGUGAUCCUUUGAUUCAAAAAGGUAGAUGUAAGAUAUAGAAAGGCAACAUGGAAGUGUAUUUCCUGUGAUAUAUGUAUACCCCAAUGUGUAACAUUUUUUUUUUCUCUCCCUGACUUUCCCUACUUUAUUUUGUACCCAGAUUUUCUUGCUGCUGUCUGAAAUAUGCCUUAUAGCUUUACAAGUUUUCAGAAGACCACUGUGUUUCACUGCGAUAGGAAUAUUGCAUCUGCUUCAUAGCAGGAGGAUGUUAUGUGUAUUACAGCUUAAUUCUGUUCUACUUUAAACCUAGAUAAAGAAUGAAGACUGUCUGUACCAUUUUGAUUACCUCUUCUAGGGUUCAAAGAGAGAAUCAUUUCCCCUGACCUUCAUUUGCUAAUGGCUCAGCCUGCUCUAACUGGUACCCAGAUAAACUUGCUGUUAAACAAAAAAUCUGGUAGGAAGAACCACCUCAAUGUCCAAAAUUCCUUUGCCCCUGCUGCUAUCGGUGGCUCUCUGUAACCAUCCAAAAGCCGAACAACGCAAGGUCACAAGAGCUGGUCACCAGGAGGUUGUAUCUGAACGGACAAUGCUGCCAUCCCCUUGAGAGAUGAGACGAAGGACCCUUCACAAUGACAGCUCCGCAAGUUCCAAACAUGAGAGUGGCGCGUACGGAGUUUCAUGCUUUGUCUCCAGACUGAUCUUCGUUCUUGUUAAGCUAAUUUCACCUCUUGUCACGAGUUUUGCUUUUGGGAUUUAGACCAUCCUUAGCCACGGAACUCCUCUGUAAACCACUUUUUCCUUUUUUUUUUCUUUUUCUUUUCUUUUUCUUUUUUUUUUUUUCCCUCCCCCUAUUUUACACCGAGACUGUUAAUAGGACUGUUAGUGGAAUAAGCAAAGCCAAUACUCACAGGGUUUAACUUUGUACCAAUAGCACCUUUUUGCCCCAGAAUGCCUUACAAACGCCAUACAGCGCGCACGUCCCAGCCUACAACCUGUGGCGAAAUCUCUCUUCGCUUAGACACCACCUUAGUGUCCCCAGCUGACUUUUAGGGACGUUUUCAGCACGUAGCAUCUCCCACCGUUCAGUCAGACGCCACCCCAGAGGUGCCUUUUCAGGUCUGAGAGCCUUUCUCCGCCGGUGUUUGUUCCGAGCUAAAAAGAGACCAUGCCCGUGUCCUGCGGGAUGAUGCCGACCACCUGACGGGAGCGUCCCGCCGCCGCUGGGGGAAUGGCAGAAGGAGGGCACGCAGGCACUCCUCCUGUCCGACUCUGGGUGCGACGCGUAGGUGUUUACUGCGAUGAGCACCGCAAAACGUGGCUCGUGGCUGCGGAAGAGGAGGAAGGUAUGCUGAGGGCUCGGAUCCAAAGAGUUCAGGUUCCCCUGGGUGAGGCGCUGCGACCCAGCCAGCUCCCCCCAUCCCGGCUGCCUCAUAUGUGGCAGCUGUCCCAGGGUGAGCAGUACAGGGAUAGUAACUCUCGCGUUUGGGAGAUAGAGCACCAUCUCAUGCUCGGUGGUGUUGAAGAACUGCUGCUUAAACUCGUGCCUGGUGAUUAAUCUGUGAACAACUACGUGGAGUCCAAGUGUGAAAGCGUGCUGCAGGAGAUGCGGAGGUGCUGCGCCCGGUACCCCAAGGGCAGAUCCGUCUGUUGUUCAGGGUUUGAGAAAGAAGAAAGGGAGAGAGAAAAGCUGAAGGCGA